AUGGAACGAGCAACAAUUCGGGAGAGAGCUGAUUUGGUCGUCAGCAAGCUGGGAUCGUUGGUUUCGAUGCUCAAGGAACACAUCGUCGGAUUUGGAGUCAUCUUCAAUCGAUUUGGAAACUUCCAGAAAGGGAUCAAUAACGCGGGUUCUGAAACCUGCGUGAUCGCCUCUAUUAGUGUGUUCACGCUGCAUUGGAUUUUCAUCCAACAAAACCUACCAGUCUGGGACACUCCGUCGCCAGGGAACAGCGGAACAUUGAGAUGGUGCAUGGAACACCAAGAGGUCAUGUUAACUGGGAAUUCGGCAGGAGCCAAUUCUGGAAGUCUGGGACACUCGGUCGCCAGGGAACAGUGGAACAUUGAAUUAGAUGCAUUGGAAGCAUCGAAUGAGUUCAGGAAAGCUGGGAAUUCGGCGGAAGCCAAUUCUGGAUUCGAGACAACACCACAACAUUUUGUCGUCGUGGAACAGCAAGUGACUGAAGCAUCAGGAAAUUGCAUUCGCUGGGAAUUCGGCAGGAGCCAAUUCUGGAUAUGGGACGUCGGGUCACCAAGGAACAGCGGUGCGUGUAGCGGAUCGACGGGCAGAUCCCUGUAUGGGCACGUCUGCGUGCUGGUUGCGGAUCAAAAGUAUGGAUCCCAGGAACGGAAGGUCUCUCGCAAACCUCCAAGAAAUAGGACGGUUCCUUUGCAAACCUCCUGGACAAGAAAGGGGUCUUGUAAACCCCUGUUACGUGGAUCAACAGAUGGAUCCCUGGAAAAUCACGUCUCAGUGAUGAAACCCUGGAGUCUACUCUUCUGGAAACGAAGUAGUAGAGGCACUCACAGCUUCCUGUAUGCGAAGGUUCUACGACCGACGCGGAAGUCGCCAUAA